CUACCAAGAGCUACAAAACCUGGUUGCGCCAGCAGCUACAUUGCUGUCAGUCAAGAUGGAAUUGUAUCUCGACCUUCGCUCGCAGCCCUGCCGCUCUUUGUUCAUAUUCGCUCGACUCAACUCUAUUCCCUUUGAAUUCAAGCUUGUAGACCUUGCCAAAGGGGAGCAGUAUGGCGAAGAGUUUGGAAAGAUCAGCCCGAUAAGGAAAGUUCCGGUAAUGAAGGACGGCGACUUUGUCCUGACGGAGAGCGUGGCCAUCCUUCAGUACCUGGCUGAAAAGCACGCGUGCAGCCUUCCUGACCACUGGUACCCAGCCGACCUGCAGAAGCGGGCACGAGUCAAUGAAUAUUUGUCCUGGCAGCAGAUGAAUCUGCGAGCUCACGGGUCAAAGGUUUUCCUGCUCAAGAACAUGUACCCACUGGUGAUGGGCCAGGAGGUCCCAAAGGACAAGAUGUCAUCUGCCGUAGAGGAGCUGAGCCAGUCUGUGGAUGUGCUGGAAAAAUGUUUCCUUGGUGAAAACCUGUUCUUGUGUGGCACCUCCAUCUCCCUGGCUGAUUUGGUGGCUAUAGCUGAGAUCAUGCAGCCUGUGAGCAGUGGCGUGGACGUGUUCUCAGGGCGUCCUAAACUGUUUGCCUGGCACGAGCGCGUAAAGAAAGAAGUUGGCCAUGCGCUUUUUGACGAGGCCAACGCUGCCAUCAUGCUGAGCGGCGGCGUGGAGCAGUCGCUGCGUGAACAAGGAUUACCCCAAAUCUUCAAGGACAAAUUCAAGAAAGCUUUCUUGUAAAAUAAAAAGAUUAGAACACGUU